AUGCUAUUUUCUCUUGCUGUGUCCAAUAGUUGGACUCUACGCCAGUUGGACGUUCAUAAUGUUUUUCUAAACGGUCACCUGUUAGAAACUGUGUACAUGAAACAACCACCGGGGUACGAAGAUCCGACUAAUCCCGGGCAUGUCUGUCAUCUUCAGCAUUCCCUAUAUGGCUUGAAACAAGCACCACGGGCCUGGUUCAAGAGACUUCAUGAUUUUUUAUUAUCUGCAGGGUUCAACUCAUCAAAAAUAGACGUCUCUCUAUUCUACUACACUGCUUGGACCUCUCGUGUGUUUCUUCUUGUCUACGUCGACGACAUUAUCAUGAUGGGGAAUGAUGCAACUCUGGUUACUGCUCUGUUGGGCCGCCUGGCAACUGCUUCGGGACCUUGGAACACCAGGCUUCUUCUCUCACAGCGUCGCUAUAUGACUGAUCUCCUAGGGCGGUCUGGAAUGGCUGAAUGUAAGCAUCUUGCUACACUAGCGGUUGUCACGAAAGCGGUUGUCCCGGCUGACGUGCCGUAUGAGAAUCCAACCCAGUACCAUCGUAUGGUUGGUGCCUUACAGUAUCUGACUAUCACUCGGCUGGAUCUUGCGUAUGCUGUCAACCGCCUAUGUCAGUUCAUGCACUCGGUAACUACUGAACACUGGGGUCUUGUUAAAAGAGUAUUGCGCUACAUCAAGGGGACUCUUGACUACGGGUUAUGGCUAUCACCGUCGUCCUCUACUAGCAUUCAUGCAUACUCGGAUUCCGACUGGGCUGGGUUCCCCAUUGAUCGAAAGAGUACAAGUGGGUUUGCUGUGUACCUAGGGACUAAUCUCAUCUCCUGGCUCUCCAAGAAACAACGUACCGUUGCACGCUCAUCCACAGAGGCGGAGUAUAAAGCCCUAGCUGAUGUGUCCGCUAAAGUUACCUGGGUUGUGUCUCUACUCCGGGAGCUUGGGUAG